AUGCCACAUGCUGCUGCACGGGUGCUCACUGGGGGCGUACGAUUACCGCCCAUGCCAACCAUACGCGAUCUGGUGAAACUUUAUAAAUUGCAGGCCAUUAAACAUAUGAGUCAGAAUUUCAUUAUGGAUGAACGGUUAACGGAUAAAAUUGUAAAGUCUGCCGGUCGUAUAGAUCCACAAGACACGGUGUUAGAAGUCGGGCCGGGUCCGGGUGGCAUAACACGUUCGAUUUUGCGACGCACGCCUGGUCGUUUGGUGCUUGUGGAAAAGGAUGUACGCUUUAUGCCAACAUUAGAGUUGUUAAAGGAAUGCGCACGUCCACUACAUACACAAGUAGACAUCUAUCAAGGUGAUAUAUUGCGUUUUGACAUGGAGAAACAUAUACCAAUGUCCGAAUAUCGCUUACAUCUGAUUGGCAACUUACCUUUUGCUAUUUCUACGCGCCUACUUAUAAAUUGGUUGAAAGAUCUGUCAUUGCGGCGUGGUGGCUUUCGUCGUCCGGACACUGCUAUGACACUCACCUUCCAGAAAGAAGUGGCUGUGCGCAUUUGUGCACCACUAGGUCAUGAACAGCGUUGUCGCUUAUCGAUAAUGUCGCAAAUAUGGACUACACCGUUUAUGAAAUUUGUAAUACCAGGCAAAGCCUUUGUGCCGAAACCAGAAGUCGAUGUGGGCGUUGUAAAGUUGAUACCCCUGAAGCAGCCAAAAACCACGCUACCAUUCGAACUGGUUGAACGUGUUGUCCGUCACAUAUUUAAUAUGCGGCAAAAGUAUUGCCGACGCGGUUAUAGUACCCUUUUUCCACCCGAAGAUCGUGAAGAUGUAACGGAUACGCUUUUCGAGUUGGCCGAUGUAGAUCCAACCGUCAGACCAUUCGAGUUGUCUGUGGAGGAAUGUUUGCGUCUGGCAACAGUAUAUUCAGAUUUCAAAGACAAACAUCCCGAAGUGGCUCGAUAUGAUUACCGCGCAAGAAAAUUACCAAUUGAUGAAUAUUUGGAUUAAUGUUUGGAAAAUGUAUAGUAUGAAUUAUGAAACUAUUACUUUUUUAAGAAAAUGUAAUUUCUGUACUUUCGCUUGUUUCGUCAACAUAAUUUUAUUAAAAAUUGUUGUUUUGAAUUACUUGUUCAUAUUUGUAUAAAUAAAAUUAAUAUUCGAGCUUAUGAAA